AAAAAAAAAAAAAAAAAAAAAAAAUAAGAAAAGCUUCUCUCAGGCGUUAAACAGCGUGCGGUCAGUAUUUACAAUCAAUAUAGCGUCUAUAUAUAUAAUAUAUAUGUAGUGUAUUAUAUACACACAAUAAUCCACUAAUUAAUUAAUAAUCUAAUAUUUCUCCUAGUGGGAGUGUCGAGUAAACUGGUUUUAAGUAAUUUUAUUGGAUGAAAUUCUCACUUUAUUGUCAGAUUAUUUUCCUUGUUGUGAGAAAUCUGUUCGAUCUGCCGGUACAGUGAGAUCAUUUUACUUAAUUAAAUUAGUAGAUAAUUUCUAGAAAUGAGCUAGAAUCUUAUAAUGAGCACCAUCUCAAAAUGGGAAGUGGUAGAUAUAUUGACUGGAUUUAAGAUCAUUUCACUGAGAGGACCUUCUGUAGCAGAGCUCCUCUACACCACUGAUACAUCCUGAGUAACACUGAGUUCAAUCAGGUUCGUUUAGUUUUACACUGUUUCACAUUAGAGCAGCCAAACCUCCUGACCUCCCAGAGUGAAGUCCAGAGAACUGAAAUCUGCAGCUUCUCUCCUUCUUUAACCACCACAGCUUCAAGUUACUUUCAGUUUCUUUUCAGUGUUUCUUCAGACACGACCCAGUGUCGCCAUCUAGUGGUAACAACAUGCCAAAUAUUCACACUUUUGCACCUUUGCAUUUUUGCACUUUUGCAGAGCUGCUGUUUUAAGGUUGGUGAAUCUUUUAAAUUUAACCGCGUGUUGUUUGUAUUGGUGUUUGAACUGAUACGGUUAUAAUUUAUUUUUACUCUGUAAAGUUAAAAAUGAAAGUAGUGAAGUAAAAGUAUCUCAUUAAAAAUGAACUCAAGUAACAGUAAAAGUACUGUGAUUUAAUUCUACUCAGAGAAGUUCAGUUACAGGGAAAAUUGUACUCAAUUACAGCAACAAGAGUAAAUGUAAUUCAUUACUUACACCUCUGGAAUUUUCCAUCCAUACCUAAACAGAAACGUAUAUAAAGUUUAGUACAUGAAUAAAUCCAGUAUCAUAGACGCUUGUGUGACAAAUGCAGUGUAGCUGAUGUUGAUCCAUGAAAACUCUGCUGGCCCAGUCUUGUUAAGAUCUGAUAUCAGAGACACUCUAAUGUGACUGAAUGUGCUCCAACUGGUUUUCUCUUUCUGAGGAAAAGGAAGUUCCAGCUAGUUAAUCAUUCAGUCUGAACUCCAGUAGAGGAGCUGAGCGUGUGAUAUAAUAAGCUGGUGGACUGUGAGAAACUACAGAUGAUAUUAUCAUAUAUGAGCUGAUGAGUGUCUCUGCUGUAGGACUGGAGAUCCUGAUAACGGACCUGAACUUUUCUAACUGAAGACUCUGAACUCCAACCUCAGAAACAGGGAUGAAGUUCCUCUUUGUGAUGCUUCUGCUUUUCUCUGCCUUUUUGGAGUCUGAGUCAGAGAACUUUAAAGUAGUUGGUCCAGCUGCUCCUCUUGUUGCUGAAGCUGGUGAAGACCUCGUUCUGCCUUGUUCUGUCAAACCGAGCAUCAGUGUUGUGGAUAUGAGAGUAGAGUGGUUUAGACUGCAUCAGACAGACAGUGUAGUGCAUGUCUAUGAUGGUUAUGAAGACAGUAAUGAAUACCAGAUGGAGUCUUACAGAGGAAGAACGGCUUUAUUUAAAGAAGAGCUACAAAAAGGAAACACCUCACUAAAACUCUCAGCUUUGCAAAUUUCUGAUGAAGGAGCUUACAAGUGUUACAUUGAAUCCAUGUCCUGGAGUGAUGAUGUGACUGUUUAUGUUGAAGUUAAAGGAAAAGGUUUUCAUGCUUGGAAGAUUGCCAUCAUCUGCAUUUCAGUUUUUGCCAUUACAUUAAUUGCCUUUACAGGUUACAUCUUGAAAGAUAAAUCGUCAAAAAAGCAACUUUCUCCUGCACAGUGCUCAGUCAUAACCUACACACGUCUCCAGUCAGAGCAUGUGAGGAAAGAGUUGGACCUGAAGAGAUACAACACAUCAGAGGAGGGAUACAGGAGACUCAUCCCAGCUAUCUCACACUACAGAAAGGCUAAAUUUGCUGGAUGUAAUCUCACAGCACAGUCCCUUGAAACUUUGAAUACAGCUCUACAAACAGAAAACUCCUCCCUGAGAGAGCUGGACAUCAGUAACAAUGAUCUGCAUGAUUCAGGAGUGGAGCUGCUGUCUGCUGGACUGAAGAGCUCACACUGUAAACUGGAGAUACUCCGACUUGCUAUGUGUAAACUCAGUCAACAGUCCUGUAACAUCCUGCAGUCAGUUUUACAAACUGAAACCUCCUCACUGAGAGAACUGGACCUCAGUAAUAAUGACCUGCAGGAUGCAGGAGUGGAGCUGCUGUCUGCUGGACUGAAGAGCUCACACUGUAAAGUGGAGAAACUCAGACUAGCUUUGUGUAAUCUUGGGAAAUAUACAUGUAACACUCUGGGAUUAACACUGCAAGCAGAAACCUGGUCCCUAAAAGAGCUGGACCUCAGUAAGAAUAAUCUACAGGAUUCAGGAAUGGAGGACCUUUCCCAGGGACUGAAGAGUCCACUCUGUGAACUGGAGAUAUUCAGAUUAGACAUGUGUGGUUUCACUCUGGAGUCUUGCAAAUCUCUCAUAUCAGCCCUACAAACAAAAAUCACCACCCUGACAGAGCUCAACCUUAGUAGCAAUGAGCUGCAGGAUUCAGCAAUGGAGCUGCUCUCUGCUGGGCUCAAGACUGGAAAAUGUAAACUGGAGAUACUCAGACUAGCUCUGUGUAAUCUUGGAGGAAAGGAAACGUUUGAAAAUAUUGGAUCACUUUUAAAACAGGAUAACUCCUCCCUCAAAGAGCUGGAUCUCAGUAAUAAUGACCUGCAAGAUUCAGGAAUGAACCUGUUAUCUGAUGGAUUGAACAGUUCCCACUGUAAACUGGAAAUACUCAGAUUAUCUGGUUGUAUGAUUACAGUGGAAGGCUGUUCCUCUCUGGCUUCAGCUUUGCGUUCAAACUCCUCACAUCUGAAGGAACUGGAUCUGACCUACAAUCACCCAGGAGAGUCAGGAGUGAAGCUGCUCUCUGCUAGACGAGAGGAUCCACUAUGCUUACUGAGCAAACUCGGGGCACUGAAGGUCAAAUGUACAAACAAGAGAUUCACAGUGCAGAAUGCGCUGUGAUGGAACCACAUCAGCUGCCCACAAUGCGCCCAAAAUUAGCACUGGGUUUUUACGAACACUGCAGGUUAUUGUGCAAAUUCCAUGUAGCCACACCCACAAACCCCUUUUAAAAGGCAUAGUGAAAUAAUGGAGCCAUCAACAAAUCAGAGACAAAAGAGAAACUGAACAUUUGGUGAUGAGACAGUGGUGUUAAAAUAAUGUUCUUUCCCACAAAACAUUUUACAAUUAUAUGUAAAAGCACCCGUGAUGUGAAAACAGAUUUUAAGAAGCACAGACAUUGUGUGCAUACUGUAUAAUGAAAUAUGCAUCUGGGGGCUGUUUCAUGAAUUUUGCUGCUUGCGAGCAGAGAUCUGCUAGAUGUGAUGAUUAUCAUAUGAGGUCUUAGUGUGGGCUGUCACCAUAGGGCCCUAACAUGGGGCCCCACAUGUGCCCUCAGUUUCACGACUGACAGGGCCCCUACUUCAGGAAUCCACAGUAAGCCCUCAUAUGAGAAAAACCCACAUGAAGCCCUCAUAUGGCAUGUGCAAGGCCCCAUGUUAGUGCUCCAUGCUGGGCAGUCUGCAGUGGGCCCCCUAUUUCACAUUAUAUGUAGGGCCCCCCACACUUUUAUAUGGGCUAAAUGUGGAUUUGGCUGCAAUGAGGCCAUUAGCACUUUGUCAGUAUAUAUAAAUAUUACAAUUUUUUGUUUCAUCUUAAGUUGCAUGAAAGGCACAAUUUAAAGGCUAAUCCUUAUCAUAUUAUUGAUAUGUUAUGUAUAUAAAAUUGAGACCAAAAUGGCAAAACAUUACGCUUCUAAUGGUCUUAACAAACAGAUUAUUAGGAUGGGCACAGGAGUCAGAUGAACGCAGAUAAGAAGACAAACGAGGUUUAAUACAGGAGAACGAGUAUCAGGGUCAAAAACAGGCACAGGCAACCAAAAUCCAAGGGGAAGACAAUAUCGUGGUCAAAAAACUAUCCAAAAUGGUAGUGAAGCAUGUGAUUGUCCAUAGUCAUGUGAUCUCCUGAAGCAUUGUGGGACAUUGAGUCCGAUUCAGUCUGAGGCAUGACACAUCCAUCCAUUUUCCAAGCCGCUUCUCCGUCAGGGUCGUGGGGGGGAUGCUGGAGCCUAUCCUAGUGGUCAUCGGGCGGAAGGCAGGAUACACCCUGGACAGGCUGGAGAGGCUACUUUUUAGCUCCUUUUAAAUCAUGAUUGUCAGAAUGUUUGUGAAUCUUCACCCGACACACCAAACAGGCCCAACUGUGAACAAGACACUGCAUUUAAUCCUGUGCUGGAAAGAAACGUACAAUUGAAAAGCUGCAAAUACACAAAAAGAUCACCAAAGGUGUGAUAUUCAGCAAAAUAAUAGACUGAGUAAAAACCUGGAAUGAUAGACUAAGUACAGUCAAUCAUUCCAGGAUUUUCCUAACAAAAAUCAACCAAAAUAACAGAAUAUGAACGAGUUUUUUCAGCAACAUGUAUACAGACAUGACAUUCAGAGUCUUUGUAAAACUUCAGCAACAAUUUAGUCCCAUAAUUCCCAUCAAUGACACUGACUCUGAGCAGUACUGUUAGCAAUAGUCUAUUACAAACAUGUUUUUUUAUGCUUUAGCUAAGCCAGGGGUCGGCAACAUGCGGCUCUUUUACUGCCCAGUUGUGGCUCCACAACAGCACUAGAUUUUUUAGGUAAAAUAACAUAAUUGUCCUUUGCAGUAAAAUAAAGCUCUGCUGAUCGUUAUAACACAAGUUUAACAGUAAAUGGUCUUAAACACUGGAGUUAAUGUACAACUGCUAAUUCACCCUUUAAGAUCAGCACAGAAUGGGCUGACUUGCAUUCAUAAUCACUCGAGCUGGUUUCCUGAUACAUUUAAUCUGCAACAAGUCGCUUCUUUUUC